CCGCUUCCCAAAAAAAACAGCGGUCAGAAGCGUGGUGAGGAUUUCCAGGCCUUCUUUGCCUGCCGGGCCAUGAGGAACGAGGAGAGGGAGGUGAAGGAAACACCCUCUCAACAGCAGGCACGUCUAAGCCGUGAACAUUCUGUGUUGGGUCAUCACAUACCCGGGAGGUCCAGCACGAUUCAAGUGUUCAAAUGGCGGCCCGAUGAUGAUGAUGAUAAAGAUGGAUUUCUGUUGCGUCACCCCGUCACGAAGGCUUGCGUAGCGGAAAUAUGGGGAGAUUACAACAAGCAAACUAGGAUAUUCGACCCCUUCUCCAACCAGUGGGAUUUGUGUCACGCCCUCGACCCGACUAGCAUCCCUGACGGUGACGAUCGGGAAGAUGACGACGAC